UUUAGCUCGAAAUGAAUAACUCACGUGUGCUGAGGGCCACAAAUAUUGUGCUGAUGCUGUCUGGCUAUCAGAUUUAUUGGAUGGACUCGAAGACCCAACGAUUCCGAUUGUCCCUGCCUGCCAUUGUCAAUAUCCUGGUACUGGGAUGCAUUUAUGCAGUCUGCUUUGCGCAGCAUUUUGAUGCGUCCUCAUCGAUGCUAACAAUACUAAAGAAUGUCUCCACAUUUCUGUUUGGAUUGACAAGAUUGCAAUUGCUGCUGGGUGUCAAAGCGUGUGUCUAUGCGGUAUACUCAUCCGUGAGAGCAGUGGGAGUAAUCAACCCAUUGCUGGAGUCUCUAGCUGGAAAGGGAAGAUCAUUUCGUAAAGAAGAAGCCGUGGCCUAUGCUCUGUUGGUGUCUACUUUUGGGAUUCUGCUCUGCUUUGGUUUCUACAUUGCCUACGAAAUGAUAUUCGAGUUGCCACCAUUGCAGGAUGCCAUGAUCGGAGCGGCUCUCUUUAUGCCACAUCUCUGUCUUGCCGGUUCGCUGAGAUUGUACAACAUUUUGACCUGGAUAAUGCGUGGCAAGUUGCAGGAGAUCAAAACGAAUGUGGAGGAGGCCCUCAGUGCCAACUUGAAGAAAGAUGAGGUGGAAAUGGCUUCUACAUCCUGCACGGUGUCUGUCAGUAAUUCCAGUCUGGACAAUCUGGAGAGUCUGCGACAACAAUUGCAGCUCCUUAUAGCCCGUUUCGGUGACUUUUUCGAGGCAAUGCAGCACUCUCUGUUGUUUCUGGUCACCAUGAACGGAAAUUGUCUGCUUUUUGGUGUCUAUUCGUAUAUUUACUAUCAAAAAACCUGGCAUGUUCUCUUUGAGGAUCGCAAACGGAGAAUUUUCUAUGCAGCCAAUGCCUCCAUUUAUGCCUGCAUUGCUUGGGAUUAUUUGUGUUUAUUUUUGGUUCAAUUCUUAAUGGAAAAAGAGCGUCUUGGAUUCCUUAAGAUCCUUGAAACCUUUCUAUCGAAAAGAUGUUCGUUGUCCAAGCGUUUUCGCUCUCUGGCUAAGGAUGUUAAAGGCACUUUACUGAACACUUCCCAGCACAAAUUUCUCUCCAUUUGUCGCUUUGAUGUUCUGCAUUUCAUUUUGGUAUAG